CCAAAGCAUGUGAAAGAUUAAAAAAUAUGUAGAGAGUAUCAUAACAAAGCUUUUUCAAAUCUAUAUUAUAUUUGUAAUAUUAUAUUAUUCUUCAGAAUAAUGGUAACUCUCAUGUUCAUAUUCAAAAAUAUACAGGAAUGUUUUAAACGUCCGCUCAAAUAGUGAUGUUAUCUGGAGUUUCAUAGCAUUAGCAAUCCAGUGACAAAAUGUCGUCUGCCGAAGUAGCACCCCGACCACUGCAGGUGUCCCCUUUAAUUAAAUUUUCCCGAUGGACUCUUCUGUUAACUGGGAUAGUCUACGGUGCUUACCAUCAAAGAAGACUGAGUAAAAAAGAAAAUGCCCGCCGUGAACAAGAACUUAAGGAAAAACCCAUGAAAGAUGCAAAAUUAGCAGCAGAGAAAAAGAAGCUUGUUGAAGCUGAAUUACAAAUGCUGAAUGAGUUGUUCACACCAUCACCAAAAUAAAAAAUAUCACUUAUAGUAGUAUACAUAAAUAUCUGUUAAGUUAAUAUUAAAUUACCCUUUAAAAAAUGUCCAUUAUGUCAAUUUCUGUUCAGGUUUACAAUAGAUAUAAACUUCUUAUUGUAUAUAUUAAAUAAAAUGAUUCAUAAUAUACUAAA